AUGGGUGAAAACGAGCGUCUUCGACCUUAUUUCAAGUAUUUGAAACUAUUAUUGACUGCUAUAGUCAAACUACCCUGCGUUGAACCACAAACUAUUUGGCGAGGAGUGCCCAAAGAUGUAAGUGAAGAUUUUUCGUCUGGAACUUCAGUAACAUGGCGAGCAUUUUCAUCAUGCACCUUUACAAUGCCUGUAUUGGAAAAUAACAUAUUUCUAGGCAAAACAGGCGCUCGAACGCUUUUCUCCAUCGAAGCUAUCAAUGGUCGACUACUAAGUAAACAUUCAGAAGUUGCCAACGAAGAUGAAGUCCUUCUUCUACCCUGUACUCGCAUGACAGUUCAAUCUAAAAUGAACCCGGCACUAGAUCUCCACAUCAUUCAUUUAAAACAGAUAGAACCGAAGGAAAUACUACUCCAACCACCUUUCAAAGGUGCACAUAUUUAUCCGAAAAUUAAACGUCAAUGGUAUCGUAAGAAAAGAUUCGCCAUUCCAUUCAGUUUACUGGCAAUUAUGUUGGCUAUAGGAGCUAUUGUCGGCUCUGUUGUGGGGUCAAGAUUAGUCGACAGCAAGUCAGGCGUCUGUAAAAAUCCUUAUACAAGUUCAAUAAGCAUCAAGACAGGCUCCUAUCCUCGAUCUGUAGCAGUGGGCAAGUUCAAUAACUAUAACAAACAAUUGUAUCUAGCAGUAGCCGAUCUGUUCGAUAACGAAGUUGCAAUAUUAUUUCCAAAUGGCAAUGGAACUUUUGUAAUGCAGCAGUCACAGUACUCUCUUGGUGUUCCACCAGCAUAUUUAACUGUAGGUGAUUUUAACAAUGAUCAUAAACUGGACUUAGCAAUAGCCAUAAGGGUUCAAAAUUCAAUUGCUGUAUGGAUUAAUAACGGAAAUGGAGAAUUCGAGAGUAAUCCAAGUCUGUAUAGCACUGGUAUAGGUCCGAACUCUGCGAUAUCAACUGAUCUCAACAAUGAUAACAUGUUGGAUUUGGUAGUAGCUAAUCGAAACGACAAUAGUAUUAGUGUGCUGCUUGGCAAUGGUGAUUCGACUUUUCAGAAUCAAAUCAAGUAUACGACUGGCAGCCAACCUAUGUCUGUAGUAGCAGGUGACUUUAAUGGCGACAACAAAUUGGAUUUGGCAGUUGCGAAUGAUGGUGAUAAUACAAUUAGCGUGUUGCUCAGUUCAGGAAAUGGAUCUUUUCUGCCUAAGAAAACAUUUAAUACUAGUAGCUCUCCACAAUGUGUAAUAUUAGGUGAUUUCAACAACGAUGAAAAACUAGAUCUAGUAGUUACUAACGCAGGCAACAAUACUGUGAGCAUACUUCUUGGGAUGGGAGAUGGAAAUUUCCAGAAUCAUAUUCAGUAUGCAACUGGCAAUUAUCCCACUUUUGUAACAGCAGGUGAUUUCAACAACGAUGAAAAAUUAGAUAUAGCAGUGGCUAAUCAAGGCGGUACUACGGUAAGCGUGCUUCUUGGAAUUGGAAAUGGAAGCUUUCAAUCGCAACAAAUCUAUCUGACUGGCUCAGCACCCCAAUCCGUGAUAUCAGUAGAUGUCACCAACGAUAACAAAUUAGAUUUAGUCGUAGUCAAUAAUAACGACAUGACCGGCAGUCUAUUAGUUGGAAGUGGCAAUGGUACGUUCGAUUGUCAAAGAGUAUUUACGACUGGUAAUAGGCCUACAUCUGUCGUAUCAGGAAAUUUCAAUAAUGAUAGCAUACCUCAAUUAGUAGUAGCCAAUGUCGGUGAUGGAACUAUCAGCAUGCUGUUUGGUGAUACUAGUGCAAGAUUCGCGAUUCGUCAGUCGGCAUAUACGCCUGGCAAUUUACCUGCGUCUGUAAUAUCAUUUGACUUCAACAAUGAUAACACGUCAGAUCUAGCAGUAGCCAAUUUUUACGACAAUACUGUCGUUGUGCUAAUUGGCAAUACUAAUAAUAAAACCUUUCAGUUUAUAGGAACUUAUCAAACUGGAAGUGCACCCCUCGAUUUAGUAUCAGCUGAUUUCAACAAUGAUGGCGUGGCAGACUUGGCAGUUGCUAAUUCUAACGAUGCUAGUGUAAGUGUAUUACUUGGCAAUAGAAAUCAAACCUUUCAAAAUCAAAUGAUAUAUGCGACUGGUAACGCUCCGAUCUCUCUGAUUGCUGGUGAUUUCAACAACAAUGGAAGAAUGGAUCUAGUAGUGGCUAACAAUGGAGAGUCUAGUGUGAGUGUACUGUUAGGAAUUGGAAAUGGUUUGUUUCAAAAUCAAACUAAGUAUGCGACUGGCUCUGCUCCCAGCUCUUUGACCUCCGAUGAUUUCAACAACGAUGGAAGAUUGGAUUUGGUAGUGACUAAUAGUGAUAAUAACACCGUCAGCGUGCUAUUGGGGAUUGGAGAUGGAAGCUUCCGAGAUCAAACCACUUAUAUGACUGGUGCAUCUCCUUACGCCGUGGUCGCAGGCGAAUUUAACAAUGAUGGAAAACAAGAUCUGGUCGUAGUUAACUACAAGAAUGAUUCUAUCAGUGUACUGCUUGGUAAUGGUGAUGGGACUUUUCAAUCUAAAAACGAUUAUCCGACGGAUGACGGCCCGUGGUAUAUGAUAUCAGCUGAUCUCAAUAAUGAUAACAAAUUGGAUCUUGUACUUGUCCUGAAUGUUGUAGCUGCGGUACUUGCAAUAAUUUUUUUGUUUUUUGUGGCUAUUGAUAAAAAAUGUCAUACAAUUCCGAUGAUGUUAACAAUCAAUUCAUGUCUAUCUGAAUUUAUACUUACAAAUACUUUAUUUUGGGCAGGUAUAUUUACAUUAAUAAAUGAUCUUCAACAAAUUCAAUACAAAGAUUCAUUUUGUGUAUUUCGAUGUUAUCUUAUUCAUUGUGGAUGUUUCCUACAAGGUCAUUCUUAUUUAUUACAAGCUAUAUAUCGAUAUAUAAAAAUUAUUUAUCCAAGUCGUUUAUCAUGGCAAUCAAGACAAAGUCAGUUAUUACUUAUUGGAACAAUAUGGAUAUUAGCUUUUGUACAUGCCAUUCCUUUUUUAUUUUUUGAUGGAAUUGUAUACAAUGUUGACAAUCAAGUAUGUCAAAUGAUUCUUGGAUUUUACUUCUUAAUGAUAUAUAUGAUGUUUGUCGAUUAUAUCCUUCCUAUGAUAUUAAUUAUGCUUGUUUAUUUUAAAUUACUUCGAUAUGUUAAAAAAAUGGGUAAACGUGUAACAUCAACAAAUACUUUAUCACGUGCACAACGAGAAUUAAAAAUGGUUCGACGUGCAGUUAUAAUGAUAACAACUAUAAUUACAGUCGGUUUUCCAUUUACACUCUUUAUGAUUAUGGCAUUUUUUGAUAGUGCACCAAAAUAUCAUUUUAGAAUUAUAUUUUUAUUCGGUAGUCUUUCAAUAUUAGUUGUUAUGAUUAUUUUAUUUCAAUUUACAGAUUCACUUAAAAUAUCUAUUAUCAAAAGAAUAACAAAGCGUUCAAAUAAAGUACUACCUACACUGUCAUAA